CUCACAGUCACACAAUAAAAACAAGCAGACUUCUCACAUCACAACUGGCUCCAGAGGCAAUAAAACCCUCAGGAGUUUUUGGCACACAGUUCCUCUCGUAAAAAAUUAGUAGGUCACAACUCGCUAUGUAGAGUAGUUCAUCCUUUUGGUGUUGUGCCACCAAACAAAAACUCCAAAGAAAAUCUUUACUUCUUUGACGGUUCUAAAAAUUUAAAUAGUAAAAUUCGUCGGCUCUAGCAAAACCCGAAUCGGAAGCAACAAGAUCAUGUCCGACGUUGAGACUGAGCAGGAACAUCAUGAUCCUCACGUCGAUCAUGAUGACGAACACGAAGAAUUUCCCGGAGCCGCGCCUAAGGAGCCCUUGUUCUUCGGGGGCGACCACCGGUCCAGCAACCACAGCCGGUCCAGCUCCCACGGCUCGCACCACAGUCAUCACAGUCACCACAGCAGCCAUCACAGCCACUCCUCGCACGGCUCGCAUGGCUCGCAUGGAGGCGGAGGCGGUUCGGGCAAUCCGAUCACGGACAUGAUCAACAAUAUGAUCUGCUUGCUCUGCGUCCUCCCCUGCAUCUGUCUGUUGAUCAUUAUUGGGUCGAUCGUGUAUUGCUGCAGGGCCUGUUACGGGUACGAAGACAAGCACACUUCGUAUCAAGUGCAAAAAUGUCUGGGUCUGGAAGAGUGUAUUAAACUUGUCAUGCAGAUUUUCCAUGACCUUGACCCAUGAGGUCUGGAAUGCGGGACUUAGCAUGACAGACUCUACUGCAGCGAGGUCUCCGCCAUGCCUAUCCCGCGUGAGAAGGAGCUCCCUUCCAACUCGGACGAAAGUGGGCAGCUUUUGGCACUCAUGCAUCAACACAGAUUUUUUUCAUCGCAUGCUUCAGAUUUACAAGGACCAUGACAAGUUACCACCUUCCAGACCCACUCAUUUUUGCAAUCCAUACUUCGGAGUGUGUGACAACCGAGGUGAACGGGGUAAAGACGACAAAGUGCACCAAUUCCACCUCUGGCGCUCCCGACGACUCGGGUGGUUUCCUGUCUAGCUCUAGCCGCCGCCGCGACGCCAUUUUUUCCGACAGCCGGCGCCGGCGCCGCCGCGAGGCCGAUCAUUUUCUUUCCGCCAGGGUGGAAGACAGCCGGCGGCGUGACAACUCGAGCCGCAGGCGGGACUCCAGCCGCAGGCGGGAUUCCGGCCGGCGCCGGAGCUCCCAUAGCUCGUCUUCGUUUCUGGAAAACCGAGAUCAAGAUUUGCAACUGCAAGACGCGGAAAGCGAAACCAGCUUUCUACAGAAGCUGUACGGCCACUUGUUCAAUAACAAAAAUGGCCGCGAAGAUCAUGACAACACCGAACAAGCACAAGCUUCCGAUCUCGGCCCUGCGAAUUGGGACGACUACGCCGACACAAGAACUGCGGAGCACCAGGGCGCCAGCACGACUGGCACGACAACUGCUGACCGGUUCCUCGAGAAAUUGAAACGGAAAGCGGGCGAGCUUCGGGCGGACGAAGAAGACCACGAAGACGAUGAGACGACCAUGCAGUCCUCUGGUGAACAAAACUCCGAUCAUUUUUCCACGGCUGAGACGGAAGAAGCCGGCCCGUCUUCGUACCUGGAGAAUUGGGAGGAGAAGGCCGACCCGUCUCGUCCCGGGAGGCAGGGUAUACUUGUUUUCUCCGUGAUGUUUCUUUCCGUUUCCACAAAAGUGCUGCAUCCAAAGAAAUUGAAAUCCUGUAUCAAAUAAAAUCCAGCGAUCAAAAAACAAAUUUUGUUCGGAUAUUCGAUCCAAAAAUGUUGAUCUCAGGCACCGACCGACUGGGAGAGGACGGGGACGAGGAGGACGACGAUCGUGCUUCGUCCGUCGAACCCGCGGAAGAUGACGGCAGCUCGGCCGCCGGGGAUGAAGGUGGGGAGAGCGAUGGCGCUGCGCAUUCAGAUUGAGCUGCUCGGCCGUCGGGAGUUGUGGUGCUGCUGUGCAGAUGCAGAAGGAUAAUUUGUUGUUGGUUAAGUAUUACUUAAGACCGAACGGUAGCUUUCAAAAGACCUUUCCACCGAAUGAAUCAAUGGAAACAGUCCACCAGAACAAGAUCGACGUGCUCAACCAGCCACUUGCGCUGGCGAUUCAGCAGCCCUCCUGACGCAGUUUAUACACUCGUUAUGCAAAAAUUUACCUUUUUUUCAUUCCAUAUCCAUUCGUUAGCAUUACUCGUUUCGCACGUUUUUCGAUUCUUUUUCUUGAACUCACAACCUGUAAUAUUUUGUACUCGUUCAUCUCCUGAUUUCUAGUUGUACCCUUAAACAACCCACACCCACCUUAAACAACCCACACUCACGUGUUUCUUUGAUUUUCUUUUUUGCUUUCCGUAACGCAACUUUUUCUCUUGAAUACGCUAAGCGUAAGUCCAUCUUCUCGACGCUUCCUCCCCCCUAACAAAGGCAGACCUUCCUGCCGUUCCUGAUGCGAAGUGUUAUUCCGACGAAAAGGGAGCAACCACGUUAAAGAAUGUAAGUGAGUUGUAAAUCGUCCUUUUUUGCUGAUGUUCUUGUCCCCCACCUCUAUAAGUGCAUAAUUUGAAACGGAAU